UAGUUUCUAUAAUGCAUAUCGUGAGCUCUUUAUGACUUACAUGUAGCAACAACUCUCCUGCAGGUUUUGAGAUCAAAUCAUCACAUUUGAGGAAAUAUGAGAACCUUAACCUGAGCUAUAAUAUGUUCAACGACAACAUUUUAUCAUAUCUGGGUGGAUUUCCUGCUCUCAAGUCUUUAAAUUUAUCUGGCAAUAUGUUGUUAGGAUCAACGACUGUCAAUGGUUUAAGGAAGCUGGAAUUACUGCAUUCACUGGGAGCAUUGCCAUCCCUAAAGACCCUUUCUCUUAAGGAUACUAAUUUAAGUUGGACAUCAAUAAGGCAAGGGACUUUCUUCAACUCGACCACCCUCGAAGAAUUGUAUCUAGAUCGUACUUCUCUCCGAAUAAACUUUCUCCAGAGCAUUGGAGCAUUGCCUGCUCUUAAAGUUUUGUCUUUUGGUGAAAUUGACCUUCAUGGCACGCUGCCUGCUCAAGAUUUGUGUGAAUUGAAGAAUCUGGAGUAGUUAUAUCUCUAUGGA